UAAUUAACCAAAGCCAUUUACAUUAGCUAUACAAAACGUAUCGGGUUUAGCAGCAAGAGAUUAAAACAAGUCAAGUUUGUUCGUUUAACAAUGUAAUUAAAAUCUCAGAUACUAGCAGAUUAAUCGACUCAAACCAACGUCUCUCUUUCUAUUGUGCACCUGUGGGACUGUCGGGGGAACUGCGGUAGGCAACAUCAUAAACGAGGCGGAGAUGGAAGGCGGAAGUUCGUUCAGCAGAAAGUCGUGGGCGUCGCAGUCUUUACGGGUCACCGCCAGGGAGCUCUCAUUGGUCAGCACGCGAGGCAAGACCAACGCCAUUGCAGAGCGCUUCUCCAAGUACCAGAGAGCUGCUGAGGAGGCCAAUGCUGAGAAGAAGAAAGCAUCGGUGGAGAGCCUGCCUCCCACUCUGCGUUCAGGGAACCUGAGUGUUCUGAAGAAGCGCUGGGAGCAGCCGGCACCUCGCCAAGACAAACCCUCCCUGCAACCAGCCGGCCCACCUCGCGCCCGCCUUAUCCCCCCAGCUGUACCCAAACCAGUGCCACCGACUGAGCACCGCCCCCCAGCCAAAUCCCCAGGAUCCCCGGGCACUCAGGGUAGUCAAGACAGUAUCCAGUAUCCUUCAGCAGCUAUAACCAAGGAAGGAACGGAGAGAAGGAUGGAGAGAAAAGAUCAGCGGCCAAGUGAGGGAGAGGAGGAGGAGGAAGGACUGCAGGUGGAAGAUAAGGUGGCGCCACCCAGCUCCUGCAGCCCCGUUGAGAAACCCAGCGUGCCUCUCAACAGCCUGAAGAUGAUGUUUGAGAAGGGAGAGGGCGCCAAGAGAAGGGUGAGCACGGGACUACACAGCAGCUCCUCCGAGGACAUGGACCAGAGAAUAGGAGUGUUAUCCCCUGACCGAGUUCUGGAGACCACCUCCCUGAAGGAAAGAAUGGCCAAGUACCAGUCAGCCCUUACCAAAAAGGGCCCACUAGCACGCACUGCCAGUCAGUCAGAGGGAGAGGACGGCAGCCUCAAGGAGAAUGUGCCCCCUAGUGGUGUGGCUGUGAGCCAGGCUUUAGAGUCCUACAGCAGAAAAGUUGCUGUAGAAGAGACCAAUGGUGAUGGCAUGGACACACCUACCUCUAAGGAUAGUACCUCUUCUCCAUCCUCAGCCCACAGUGACCCGCCCAAGGCAGCCAGGAAGUUCUGCCUGCCCGUGAGGGAGACGUGCAUUGCAUGCCUGAAGACGGUGUACCCGUUGGAGAGGCUGGUGGCUAACACCCAGAUCUUCCACACCUCCUGCUUCCGCUGUCUGCACUGCAACACCAAGCUCAGUCUGGGAAACUACGCCUCUCUGCACGGCAAUGUCUACUGCAAGCCCCACUUCAGCCAGCUGUUCAAGGCCAAAGGCAACUACGACGAAGGCUUCGGCCACCGGCCCCACAAGGAACUGUGGACACCCCGUGCCGAGGGAGAGGAGGAGGAAGAGGGAGUAGACCGGGAGGUGGAGAAGAAGCCAAAGGAGCAGGCAGAAAGAGUGGCGGUGGUGUCCCGUCCAGCCUCGUCAGGCAAGCAGCCCAGCCCCACAGUGGAGGAGUCUCCCCUGGCCAAGGUGACGGACCUGACUGCCUCUCUGGAGACACGCAGCCACACCACCUCCACUGAGAAACUCUCCAGCGCCGAGAAAGUCCCAGAGGCCCGCAAGCUGAGGGUUGCCUGGCCCCCUCCUGCUGACAGCGAUGCUGGUACCUCUCAAAUUCUGGAGGCUGGUAGUGGUGUGAGCCGGCCCUGGAGAGCCAAGUGGCCCCCAGAGGGCGAGGUGUCAUCGUCCACCCUGAGCCACGACAGGUCCGAGCUGAAGAGCCUGAGGAGGAGCUCGUCUCUGAAGGAGCGAAGUCGACCCUUCUCGGUGGCCCCCAGCCUCGCCACCAAUGCCCUCGGGCCACGGGAGCCCCGCCGGCCCCUCAAAUCCCUGCUGGAUAGGAGGGGGUCACUGGAGGACAGCCACUCCAUGCCUAAGGAACCAGAACUCAAACCCCAGAGGGAGAGAGAGGUAAGGCAGGAGGACAAAAAGGAGUGCAAGCCCGCCCCGCCCAGCGGCAGUGUGGUGAAUGGAGAGACCAGCUCCGAGGAGGAGGUAGAGAGUCUGCCGGCGGCACAGGAGGAGAGAGAAGAGCCGAUGGAGAGAGGAAAGGAAAUAGAAGGGGCUUCUCUGAAAUGCCAAAGUGCCUCUCCGGAUAUCUCAGCAUCUCCCUCUCCGUCCCCGCAGCCCAAACACAACCGCAGCUCCCAGGAUGUGGGCUUCUGGGAGGGCGAGGAGGAGGGGGGCGAGGGGGAGCAGCUCACCGUAGAGGAGAUGAUCAAGAGGAACCGCUACUAUGAGGAAGAGGAGGAGGAAGAUGAUGUCUGAACAGACACUCCACUCUGAAUCUGGCUGGAUUUAGACUGGAUACACACCAACACAUUCUGUCCCCAGUACUCCCCGUCCAUCAUAUAUAACCCAGGGAGUUUUUAAAAGGGCAGGGAUAAAACCAUGGGGACCCACUUGUUGAAUUUCUCUCUGCUUGGGUGCAAUCUGUGAUCAUUUUGAUUUGUUUGUUUCAUUCACAAUAGGAAAGUUAGCAAUAAACCAGUCUUACUACACUACAUAAAACCAAAUAGCCUGAUUCUUUUGUUUUCUGAGGGAGCCUGAUAGAAGGGAGCGGUAGAAUGUAGCCAAUUUGUUUUUGACACUGGUUCAGGCUGGUCUGUGUCUUUUUUUAAACUGGAAGUAAGUACAGUUACAAUAUAUAUGACAUCUUUUAUAUAAUCUAGGAAAGGUUACAUCGGCCAUAUCAUUCUCUAAACUGGAAAUUAUCUUUUGUCAACAUUUCAUUUUUUUUGUUGAUGAAGAAAGACUAAAGACUUUUGACAGGAAAGCCUGUCAAAUAAAUAUACAUGUUUGUAUUUGCAAAUCAAAUGCUUAUAUAGCCUUUGCUUCACAGGUACUUAAGUGGACUAGUCCAUACCACUGCCAGAUGGAUAAUAGGAGAAGAGACGUUCUAAAAUGAUCACAAGCAGUCGCUUCAUAUCUCUGAUAAUACUUGAGAAUCAAAAAAGGCUUGUGAUAGAAUGUGGUAAAUUGAUCUUGGCUGAGUAAACCAACAGUGUACUUUGAGUCUUUGGGUCCUUUACCUUCCUGGAUUUAUGUUUUUAGUUGUCCUUUGACACAGUGCAUGUUUUGAAUGGUUUUAAAAGCAUCCUAUUUUAUAAUGAAUUUUGUAAAUUGGAUAAAUGCACAAUUGUUAAACUUACCCUUAUGUUUUAUACCUUACUUUAAGGAGGACCAAACCUUUUUCAUAUCUUGAAAUUUUAAAUCAAAGUUUGUUUGAAAUAAAUAAUAAAUGGUCUAUCAUUGAUA